CAGUGACGUAAUCGGCCUUCGAAGAAUGCAGCCUGUGAACUGGGACGCAGCUAAAGUGGGAAAGCGGAAAAGCCUCAUUUAAAAACACCGGACAUUGUUUUGAUACCUUUAACUUUCUGAUUUAAACAUCCUUAUUAAUGCUACUUUGGCUUCGCGAACAGUCGUUUAAUGCGAAUGCUUUAUUAGCAUUGUUUGCUGACUUGAUUGGAGUGGCACACGUUAAUGUUUGUUUGGUAAUGCGAAACGCAGCUAAUGUAUUUCAAAGCUGUAUUCUAGAUGUGUAUUAGUCUUGAAAUCAUAACUGCUCGCAUCUAUAACAAUGGCAUGUUAUAGCCCAUAUAUUUAACACUUAACGUAUUUUCAUUGUCCAUUAUUCAUUGUAUCCUAGUCAUCUUGGAUCUGAAACUGGAUUUUUGUGAGCAUGCUGGUUAAAGUGAAACUCGGAGAUGCCCAAAAGUUCUUUAAAAUAACAGACCAGACCCUGGAGGAAUUUUUAUCUGCUGCCUUUUUAAAGUUUGGUGUUAAAGCUGUACCUGGAAAUGUGAAGGUUAUUGACGAAUCUGGCACUGAGGUGGAUGAAGAUGUGUUUGAGGAGGUAGUCAAGGAUCCAUCAGUUGGCAUUCUCACCAUAAAACCUAUUGCCGACUUGGACACUGCGUCUCAGCAAGCAUGCCUUGUGCCAUCAAAUCAGCCCCAGUUUUCAUCCAUUGACUCCACUGACUCACAGGAAACACUUACUAAUGAAGACAGCUCUGUCAGUAAACGGAUAAGGCUGGAUGAUGGUGAUGCUAAAAAGUUGGUGGAAUCGGUUCUCCUCCAGAAACCUGGUGGAGAGCGUAUAAUAAACGAAUAUCACCGAACUAAGACUUUAGGAGAUGCAACAAGGAGGAAGAUGGUUAACAUUCUGGCAGCUGACAUGAUGGAGAAGAAUGGAUGCAGUAGAGCACCACCAAAGCAGGUGAGAGAAAAAUAUGCCAAAGGAAUUGUGGCACUGUUCCCUUGCCUCAGCGACCCUUUCUCCAAAAAUGGUUAUGAGCAUUACUAUGAUUGUGAGACUGGCACUGGGUAUUUAGCAUGGAGGAUCAAAACAAUACAAAGAGGUUUAGCUAAAGAACGACGAGAAUCACUUGAAGCCUCAGUCAAACAGCCCAGAAAGAUACCCUGUUCACAAACCAACCGUUCUUGUGGACCAGUACCUUUCAGUGAGCCUGAUCAUCAGAUGGGGAUGAACCAACUGGAUCUGUUUACAGCUCAAACCAGCACAGACCAACAGAUUACUCAGUGUUUAAAUAAUCAACAACUAUCAUCAUUUGAAGAACAAGCACUUUUGGCUUUAUCAACUGUAAGACAGCAGGCGGAGUUUACUCCGGAGACGUUCUUAAAUGAGGAUGUAAGCAAGGAUGAUUUCUGGUCCAAUGUACAGCGCGUUAUCGUACAGACCAUGCUGGUUAAAGUGAAACUUGGGGAUGCCCAAAAAUUUGUAAAAAUAACCAACCUGAGCAUGACGGAAUUUUUGUCUGCUGCCUUUUUAAAGUUUGGUGUUCAAGCUUUACCUGGGAAUGUGAGGGUUAUUGACGAAUCAGGGACUGAGGUGGAUGAAGAUGUGUUUGAAGAGGUAGUCAAAGAUCCCUCAGUUGGCGUUCUCACCAUUAAACCCAUUUCAGACUUGGAAUCUGUACCUCCACAACCACAAGCAUGUCCUGUGCCAUCAAAUCAGCCCCAGUCUUCAACCAUUGACUCCACUGACUCACAGGAAACACUUACUAUUGAGGACAGAUCUGUCAGUAAACGACUGACGCUGGAUGAGGAUGCUAAAACGUUGGUGGAAUCGGUUCUUCUCCAGAAACCCGGUGGAGAGCGUAUAAUAAAUGAAUAUAACCGAACUAAGACUUUAGGGGACUUAACAAGGAGGAAGAUGGUUAAUAUUUUGGCAGCUGACAUGAUGAAGAAUGGUACAGCACCACCAAGGCAGGUGAGAGAGAAAUAUGCCAAAGGAAUUGUGGCUCUGUUCCCUUGCCUCAGUGACCCCUUCUCCAAAAAUGGUUAUGAGCAUUACUAUGAUAGUGAGACUGGCACUGGGUAUUUAGCAUGGAGGAUCAAAACAAUACAGAGAGGUUUAGCUAAAGAACGACGAGCAUCACUUGAAGCAUCAAGCAAACGUUCUGGAGAAAUGGAUGAACUGGGUAACCAAAUUAGACUGAAACGCAUGAAGCAGCUCCUGGCUCAAACCAGCACAGAUCCACAAAUCGCACAACUAGCAUCAUUUGAAGAACAAGGUUUGUCUGCAGUAUCUACAGUAAUGCUGCAGUCAGGAUUUGCUCCAGACACAGUCUUGAGUGAGGAGGAAUGCAAUGAAGCAAUUUUAUUCAUGAACAACUGCCCCGAUGAGGAUGAGAUCUACAAGAAAAUGAUUUUGACAUUUGACUAUCGGCGGAAAAUGGUUCUUGACCAAACACGAUCAAGUGAUGUGUUGACAGUCUUCCCACGCUUCAAAGAUAUUAAGGGCUUGAUUGAGCAGGAUUUUGUUCGGAUGUUUGGUGAGGGAGUAUCAAGCAGGCUACUGGAGAAGUGGACAACUGCUUUCAAGAUGAAAGUGAUCCAGCAGUGCAAGAAGCUUCCAAACACCAGUGAUGUAGAAGAGCUCCUCCUCGGAGCAGAAUUCCCGGCUAAGGUCUCAGAAGAGACGGCUGAUUUUUUUUGGGACAGCGACCUCUCUUCUAUAUUACUCCUACUUCAUCUGAUCCCACCAUCUGCCCAAGGCAGGAAGAAGCCUGGGAAGGUGUCUGCCUCUCAAGCAGAAAGAAACCUUGUAGUCUUCAAAAAGAAUGGAACGGACAUCGAGGAUCAUCUAAAAGACAUCGGUGCCAGUUCUCAGCCAUAUCUCUUAGCUGUGGGGGCUCACAAGUCCUCAGUCGACCAGUUCUUCAUCAUUCUACACCAACAUGCUAUUCCUUGCAAGUCCUCAUCUUCGCUUGGUGCCUUUGACGAACUUUUUAAGGCACAUUUUGUUUUUAGCACCCCCUACAAUGCUAUGUUAAACAACAUGUACAUUUUCAUUCAGACAACAGUGUACAACAUAGAUGUGGGCAAAGUGAAGGAAAGUCCUCGCGUUGCUGAAGUCAGAGCCAGGCUGCUCAGCUAAGUGCCUAAAAGAUGAUUGUGCUUUUUUUUUUACACAGUUGUUGCCAAGCAAGAAAGAGUUUAGUGCACACUAAAAAUACACAAUAGAGGAAAAGGUCAGGGAAAUAUAACUUUAAGGCCAUAUUAACAUUGUUGAAGCUGUACAAAGCUGGAAAGAAGGCCUGAAAAUAAAGCGAAGGUUGCUUUAUUUCUUUAUAAAUGACAAGGAUAUGUUAAGACUCGAUGUUGGAGCAGUUCUGCUCGCAUUUGCUCCUGUUAUUAAAUCGAUGUGAUGGCAAACUGAGAUUGGGAGCAUUUGUGUGAGAACAAUAAGUGUUGUUUUCUGACCUAUUUUCGUAUCUGAAUGAAAAACGUCACUCAUUACUACACAAUGCAUGUGAACUAACACAGUGACUGCCUUUUUCAUCAUUAAAUUUCUGUGGAAGUUUUGUUUUGGUUAAAGUUCGGCUACUUUAGAAUGUUGAAAUUAUACAACUAAGUUGAAUUAUAAAAGAAGUUUUUGUUACAUGUAAAGUAUGUAACAUCCUUGUAUGUACUGUGAUUAAAAUCCAUUCCUUGCCUCUAAUUUCAAACGGCUGCAUAUAGAUUUUAAGGCCAGAGUUCUGUUUUUUUUUUUUUUUGCAUCUUGCAUUAAGGAAUGGUUAUCAGAAUUGGCCCAUUUGCUUGUUAAAAUAAAUUCAGGUUGUUUAUACUGUAUGUAAGGAGGGGGAACCGUUUUUCCUAGUGAAGUAAGUUGUUGAGAUCAUCAGGAUGUACACACAUCAUUUGUAAAAAAUACUAACUGUUCUUGUUAUGCUCAUGAAUUUUUUGUUGGAUCCUAUGCUGAUGGCAGAGAGAGAGAUGGCUGAACUAGUUGCAAAGUAGUAAAGAAAGAAAAAAAUGACUACCAGCAUUGUUUUUCAGCGUUCAUAUAUCAACUGUUUUCCAGAAAGCGAUUCUAAAUUUGCUGUGAUAUCCACACAUGCGUAACAUUGACAUACCAUUAAAUCCUCCAAGUUUCAUUGUUUAAAACAUUUAUUGAAAAAUGUCCCAUUUGGAUACAAAGUGGCGUGUGAGAUCACAAGGGCACGGACAUUUGCAUAUACACUGCCUGGAGAGCAAGAUUUAGAUGUAUAGCCUGCUUAUUGUUAUAAAUUACUGCACAAUUGGCCUGGCCCACUGGCAUUCAGUGUGCUUAUUUGCAUCUCUGUACAAGCUUCAGAAAGAUCACAUCUGGAACAAGUGAACAUAUAUGGUGUCCUUGAUAGAUCUGGAGGGAUUACGUGCUUUAUUUUUUAUCAUUUUUCUUCCCAUUGUUUUGUUAAUGAGGGAUGAAUAAAAUAAACUUUGUUGAAAGAUGAAGCUGUUGGCUGUUUGGAUUUGACAGCAGCUUCAUCACAAACUGUAAAUCAUUUCUUUGUGAAGUAUGGUUUGUAUGGAUCUUUUUGCCAAAACACUUGUUUAAAAGCGUUGACAAUGUUUCCUAUGCAAUAAUGUUUACUGACAAGCCUUAGUUUAUGGAUUAGUUCCUGGAGAGAAUAUUUGCAUUAAAUAAGCAGGGUGUUUUUUGUUUGGUUAUUGUUCAGGAUUUAGGACAUUUUUGCACUUAAAACAUCCUGAGCAAAAUGGCAAGAAUUUUCAACUCUUAAGACUACAGACGCAGAAAAUGUGAAAUAGUGUAGAAGUGGCCACAACAUCUGCGUUUAAGUCAAAUGUAGCAGUUAGUCUGCUUUAAUGUGGUUUUGUUUGUUUCAUCAAUUGAGGAAUUGGAGAUUCAGAUUCAGCUUGCUGUCGGUCCCCACAGGACCUUUACUAAAAGAAGAUUUUGUAAGGUUAAGUCAAUUGUUGUAAAUUAUGAAAAAGUACUAUCUAUUUGUUCGUACUGUGUGUUUCCUUAGCCUCACAGUUUUUGAAUAAAUGUUUUAAAGGUGA